GAGCCGAGAGCGGCAACGCGGUUAGCAAGGGAGUACAUGAACGUCUAUGAGUUAACGUUAACUGCCGCAUCGUCGAAAUUUGCUACUGUUCUCUAUCAUAGGACAGUUUAAAUUUACAUUUAAAUUGAUUUGAUAUAAAACGCUCUCAGUAUUCAAGAAGGUUAAGCCCAAGAAGUUAAUUGGACUUUACAAUAAUUAUGGAGAAAGUAAUUGAUGAACCAGAUCUAGACUCUUCUUGUCAUCAUUUUUGUUCUGAGUCUUGUGAGGAAAUUCAGUAUCACUACAAGUCGAAGUUCCCAGAUACUUACAGUUUGGCUCCAAUUACUAUAGUGAACUUAUUGGAUGAAGAGAAAAUUUAUACUGAACUUGAGACAUCUGUUGAAUCAUAUAUAAACCAUAUGUCACAAUCAUUUCAAGCAAACAAGAAUCUGGGAUUGAUUUUGCGUGGGAAUGACGUUGACAAGGAAAGGUCUGAAUAUCACAAUGCUCGUUGGAAUACAUUUGAGAAUCAGAAUAGAGAUGGAAAGCCUGGAAGACCAUACACAGGGCCGUCGUCUGGAGAUUUGUCAGUGUAUGAUUCAGUUCAUUCAAUAAAAGUGCCAUUGCGCACAUACAAGAGCAAAUCAAAGAAUGCAGUGCAGGGCCAGAGAAAAGAUGAAAUGACAAGAGGCUGUCACUUCCCUGAUACUGAUGUAUCUCGGCAGGCCAAUGGACUGGUGUUUGAAAGGGUUGAAAAACCAGUCCCUUUCCCCUUGCAAUUCAAAGAUAGAUCCUAUGGAAAACAUUUUGGAAAAAUAAAUGGAGGAAUAGCUCUCUCUCCUUAUACAAAACCACAGAUCAGAAAUGCCACUAUUGUGAGGAACCAGUGAAGAUCAAGUAUAGUGUCCGUUGUCCUUCUUUAUUGAAAAAAGCUGUAUAUAAUUAUUGAGUUGUGUUAUUUUCAUAUUUUUUAAUAUAAAAUCAUUAUAAAACAA